AAACAAAAUAUUCUGAAGAAAGCUAAUAUAUACCAGUGGUUCUGUUAUAAUGUAUAAUUAUAAUUGUCAACUGGCUCAACCUUUUGUUCUAGGCUAGGUAUCUUGAUUGACUGUGUAAUAUCUAUAUACCUUAAGAAAUUAGACCUAUGUGGCUGGCUGAUUAUCAUACUUACAUAUAUGUAGGGCCAUGCCUUGACUUCCAGUAAAAGUCGGUGACUAUUCACCGUCAAUUGUGUUGUCAUUUUAGACUGAAGUUGACUCUUCAGUUAUAUAUAGCUUGCAUUUGCCUGGAUAAGUAGAACUGGAGAUUAUAAGAGGCCUUCUUGCCAAGUUGUCCAGGAUGAUGCAAUCUUAUGUGGUUGGCCUUGAAUAUGCAGUUAUAUUGUGUUCUAGUGGGGAGUGGAGAAGUUUACACCAAUGGUGUCUACGCUAUUGAGACAAUUACGGAUUAUUGUUGUCUCAUAUGAAACCAAAGUGUAGCACAAUGCAUCAUGUGAUAUAGCUGUUGUGAUUCAGAAUAUUCACUCUAGCUUACAUCAUGUUCUGGUAUUUGAUUUCUGGUUCUUUUUGUGUUAUUUAAGUAUUAUGUGCUAUAUCUGCAGCCCUUGAAGUGGGAACUGAAACAGAAACCAGGUAUGAGCCCUCCUAGGGGUGGUUUCAGACCGGAUGAUCCUAACCAGCAGAUAGUGGCAGAAGACAUAUUUGAUGAAUAUGGAGGAUUUCUGGGUGGAGGCAAGAUUCCUCCGCUUCUCUCCAACUUCUCUGCAGGCAAAUCUAAGAAGCAUUCAAAGCGGAAAAGCAAGCACAAGCACCAUUCAUUGAGAUCUCAUAGCGAACAUGAGAAACGUCGUGAUGGUGAUCAGUCAUCAUCAUCCUUGGACUCCUAUGAAUCUGAAAGUGAUAAAGAAAUUAGGCAGCAAUCCAAGAGCAGGUAUAAGAAGAAACAUCGGACACACACAUCGAUAUCGACUGAUUCAGAAUUCAAAGUUGAUAAGGAAAGGAGGAGGGAUUCAGAGAGCAAGCAUAAGAAACAACGUUGUCGUGAAUCUUCAUCAUCUGCUGAUACUGAAACGGACAGGCAAAGGAGGAAGAAGUCAGCAAGCAAGUAUAAUAAGGGAAGUCAUUUAGAUCCUAAUGCGUCCGACAGUCAUGACUCGGAUCAUUAUCAUCGUCGAAGAAAACAUCGACAUCAUCAUCAUCGUCAUCGUGAUCGAUAUGAUUCCAAAUCUGAAUCGGAUUGAGUAACUGUACCAUUUCAAUAAACUGGGUGCGGCAUCAUUGAAUGUUCUGCCUGAAAGCAGGUCUGAGAAGUAUCGAUUCAAAUCACUGUUUGUUUCAUGUCGAGGUGUUGUGAUCUCAGGCACCGAGUUGCACCAGCGUAAAAGACAUUAAAAUUUCUUAAUAUGUACCGAUCAUUUUCGUUUUUAUUUUUAACAAAGGAAGUAAAAUAUUAAUAAUUUACAA